GUCGUGUUUCAGUGUUUGAGCGAGUCUGGAGGAACUGAGACGUGGAGCUGUGGAUCAGGACAGAAGAGCAGUGUGAGGACUGAGGAGAUCUGCCAGACAUGGGGCCAGCACAGAGAGUCUGGUGCUGGACUUUCUUUACUGUGAGCAUCUGUUCUUCUGGGAUCGCCUUCCAGCGCUUAGAGUCAGAGCAGGACUCAAGCGCUCAGCUGGACCUCACCGAGCUCAUUGGUGUUCCUCUGCCUCCGUCUGUGUCCUUCGUCUCGGGCCUGGAGGGCUUCCCAGCAUACAGCUUCGGUCCGGAUGCUAACGUGGGCCGACUGACGCGUUCCUUCAUCCCCGACCCGUUCUACCGUGACUUCUCCAUCAUCGUGACGGCCAGACCCAGCUCUCGGCGCGGAGGAGUGCUGUUCGCCAUCACAGACGCACUGCAGAAGAUCGUCCAUCUGGGAGUGUCUCUGUCUCCGGUGGAGGACGGGUCCCAGCGCGUGAUUCUGUACUACACCGAGCCCGGGGCCGCUCACACACAGGAGGCGGCUUCCUUCAAGAUGGCCGAUCUGACGGGCCGCUGGGCGCGCUUCACACUGGCUGUACAGGGAGAGGAGGUGAGGCUGUACAUGGACUGUGAGGAGCAGCAUCGCGUGGCCUUCCGCAGGAGUCCAGACGGACUCACCUUCCAGCCCAGCUCCGGCAUCUUCAUAGGGAACGCCGGGGGAACCAGGCUGGAGCGCUUCCUGGGCUCGAUCCAGCAGCUGCUGCUGACACCGGAUCCCAGCGCUCUGAAUGAACAGUGUGAGGAGGACGAUCCUUACGUGUCUGGAUACGGCAGCGGUGACGACAUCUACGAUGAUACGGAGACUCCGGACAAGGUCAAGAAGGUGUUUGAGGAGAGAGAAUAUGUGAUGCCGGAGGAUGUGGAGUCCGGUCCGAUGAGAGCGCCACCUACUGAAUCUCCCUCGUUCAGCACCGAGACAGAUGAUGAGGAACUGGAGGAAGGCUCUGGAGAGGACAUCAUCAUCAUCAGCGAGCCAAUCAGAUCAGAAGGAGCUUCUCAGGACAGAAAUGUCAUUACCAUGCAGAAGGGAGAGAAAGGAGAGCGAGGACCCCCAGGGCCUCCAGGACCCACCACUCCACACACACCAGGAGAACCAGGGCCCCGGGGCCCACAGGGAGCGCCUGGAGAACCAGGACGAGACGGCCGGCCUGGUGAUCCAGGGAAAGAUGGAGCUCCGGGAGAGGCUGGACCUCAGGGAUUCCCGGGCCUUCCUGGAGAUCUGGGUCCCAAAGGUGACAAGGGUGAUCCUGGUGUGGGCAUCCCGGGGCCGCCUGGACCUCCCGGACCUCCAGGAACAUACAAGUAUUCGGAGGACAUCGCCAGCUCUGGAUCGGGCGACGUGGAUCUGGACAGUGACGCAGAGCUGAUACGUGGUCCUCCAGGGCCUCCGGGGCCACCAGGACCCCCAGGCCCUUCUGUUGGAGCUCAUCCGGGGCCCAUCGGGCCUCCAGGGGCUCCUGGAAGAGACGGGGAGACGGGCAAACCUGGAGUCCCGGGUGAAAAUGGACGAAAUGGUCAACCAGGAAAAGAUGGAGAAAAAGGGCAGAAAGGUGAAGCAGGUUUACCUGGAAUCACGGGACCAAAGGGUGAUGCAGGCCAGCUGGGGCUCCCAGGACAGACGGGGACCGAGGGCCCCAAGGGUCAGUCUGGUCCUCCAGGGCCCCCCGGACCUCCAGGAACCGGCUUCAGCUUUGACAUGAUGGAUUUGGAGAGCUCGGGUCUGGAUGAAAGCAGUGGUUUCAGGCCUGUGCUGCCCCGAGGACCGCCUGGCCUUCCUGGGCUCCCAGGACCUCCAGGGCCACAGGGAAAAGAAGGAGCCAUCGGCCCUCCAGGUGUUUCAGUGAAGGGGGAUCCAGGCGCUAAAGGAGACGAUGGACAGGCUGGGGCUCCUGGUCUUCCUGGGCGACAAGGGGAAGGGGGAGAGAAAGGUGAUAAGGGUCAGAAGGGAGAGAGAGGUAGAGAUGGAAUCAGUUUACCUGGACCUCCGGGGCCUCCUGGACCUCCUGGACCAAUCAUUAAUCUACAGUUGAUGCUGAAUGACACAGAAGGAAUCUUUAACCUUCCAGGGAUUUUUGAACCACAAGGACCAUUGGGACCAAGGGGUCUGAAGGGUGAUACCGGGGCCCCGGGGGUCCAGGGGUCUCCAGGAUUAAAGGGUCAGAAAGGCGAGCCGGGGAUUGUGUCUGGAGUUCAUGCACCGCAGGGACCCAAAGGACUGAAGGGAGAUUGUGGCGUUCCUGGACCUCCUGGUCAAACGGGCCCUGUCGGACCGAAGGGAGAGUUCGGGUUUCCAGGACGACCGGGUCAUCCAGGAGUUAAUGGUCGUAAGGGUGAGAAGGGAGAUUCUGUCGGUUUACCUGGUGUCCCGGGGCCCCCGGGGCCUCCAGGACGAGCGGGACCCUUCAGCUGUCCGACAGCAACCGUGUUUCCAGUCCCUCCUCGACCCGGCUGUAAAACACCUGUAACCAGUGGUUCUACACAAGAUCAUGUGACACUGAAGACUGGAGGAAUGAUGCUGAAAAUACAGCGGAGCAUCACAGAAAUACAUUACACUUUAACACAGAUUCACACAGAAAACAGGGAGCCAGCAGGGACAGAGAUCUGCCUUCCUCCUCCUCAUCUUCCUCUGGAGACACACUGGGAACCAAAGUCACGUCAGACUGACCCGGGAUCCAGAGGAGAGACCGGAGAAACUGGGAUGAGUGGGAGACCCGGUUCAGCACAGGGGGGUAAAGGAGAAUCUAUCAUCGGACCCCCUGGUCAUCCAGGACCACGAGGACCCCCCGGUGCACCAGGUUUCGGGAGAAUCGGUGUGGCUGGACCUCCUGGACCACCAGGACCUCCCGGACCUCCUGGACAACUCAGACCUGGCCUGAUGAUCCCUGGCCCUCCUGGACCCCCCGGGCCCCCGGGACGAGCUGCUGAGGCCUCCAGCGCCGUCAGGAAGUAUGAGAGUGUGCAGGCCAUGAGCCAGCAGUCGUCUGCAGUCGAGCGCGGGACGCUGUCUUUCGUUACCGACUCUAGUAAACUCUAUAUAAAGGUUCCAGGAGGCUGGAGAGAGGUUCAGCUCGGCGGGAUGAUCGAGAUGUACCCCGUCCUCUCACAGGAUGAUGCUGAGCCCCUGAUCCUGAGCCCACUGCUCCGUCACACACCCAGAACACACACCAGAAGCACGCUCAGGUUAGUGGCUCUCAACACACCGCUGACCGGAAACCUGGGCUCCAUCCACUCGGUCAAUAAACUGUGCCGGACUCAAGCUCAAGCCAUGGGCAUCAGAGACGACUACCAGGCCUUCCUCUCACACCACCUACAGGACCUGAUUGACACCGUGCAGCCCAUGUACCGAGCAAACAUGCCGAUCGUCAACCUGAGGGGUGAAGUCCUGUUCAGGAGCUGGCACAGCAUCUUCUCCAGUCAUCCCCUGCCUCCCGGCGUCCCGCUGUACUCCUUCGACGGGCGAGACGUGAUGAGCGACCCCUUCUGGCCUCAGAAGGCGCUGUGGCAUGGUUCUUCAGACAAAGGCGAGCGUCUGUCCUCUCUGAACUGUGAGUCGUGGAGAGCGGGUGACAUGGCCAUCACCGGUCAGGCAUCGUUCCUCUACAGCGGGUUACUGAACCAGCAGACACGCAGCUGCUCCAACCGCUUCAUCGUCUUGUGCAUCCAGACCAGCCACGAGCAUCAGACCCGUCCGCAGCUCCACAGACGCCUGCAGCACAGAUCCUGAAGCCUGACGAGGAGACCGUCUCAGCCAAGCCAGCGCUCUCCAGUGUAACAUGUGCUGGCCGUUCCCAGUCAUGGACUGCAGAGAGACGCUCUCUUUAUCAUUUGGAUGCACUGUACUUUAUAUAUUGUAUUUUUGUUUUUGAUUUUCCUAAAAAAAAAAAAAAGUAUUUGUGAUCACAUCAUUUAUUUGUUUCUUAUUCUGUUUAUAUUUAAUUUAAUUUCUGUGUUUAUUUAUACAGUGACCCCACAUCAUUU